UUGACGACAUGUCGUGAAUAAAAAAAAAUUACCCUCUUGGGAUACGUUACCGCUACGCCGUUAGCUGCAAUUUAAUGCGCUGAUAUUUCCCUUCAUAUAAACUGAAACUUUGUAACAUGACUAACCUUCUUGCAUGAGAGAAAAGACUCUCAAAUUAUAUUUAUAUUUUAUCGUGGAUUUAGACACCAGGGCAAGAAAUUAGCAAGCUCCUGUAAAGUGGUCUGGUAAGUUAGCCAGUUAGCAAACCUCAACGUUAACGUUUGUGCUGAUCAGGGUUUUUAAUAUCAACUUUACUAAUUUAAUGCAAACCAGGCAGGACAUGUUUACGUUAGAACAAGUGCUCUCCUAUGGAGCAAGUAUUAGCUAGCUCUCAGCCAUUAUUAACUUGACACCUCAGGUUCACAACAAAGUCAAACUUCAUAAGUCAGCUAGCGUUAACCAGGAUAACGUGAAGUUAAAGGCGUCAGUGGAUUAAUUAACUUAGUUGGUAAGCUCUGGCUGUCCGUUAUACAGUAUAGAUGAGGUUACCAACAAAGGGAUUUUUAAAAAAUACUUUCAUCACGAUUAAACGACUUUGAUUACCGGUGAAAUGGCUGACGGUGACGACGAUGUCCCCUUAAUUUUGACCUGGGACGACGACACAAACAGCGGUUUGCUGACGGACGACGCAUCUGAAAGACCCGAUGAAAAUGGAGUUAGUGGGUACAAUAUCAUGAACAACACCGCCAUGCCGAACCCAGGACUACCAAGCACAAGAACCCAGACUUCGCUUCAACAGAGCUGGGAAAUGAACUAUCAAGAGGCAGCCAUUUACCUACAGGAGGGCGAGAACAACGACAAGUUCUUCACCCACCCGCGAAACCCACGGGCUCUGAGUGCGUACCUGUUCGCCCACAACCACCUGUUCUACCUGAUGGAGCUGGUGACGGCGGUGCUCCUCAUGCUGUUGUCCCUGUCCGAGGCCCCCGCUGUGCCCUCUCUGCGUCUGGACGUAUAUGUGCAUGCGACGCUGGAGCUGCUAGCCCUGGUCAUGGUGGCGUUUGAGCUGAGCAUGAAACUACGCUGGCUUGGCUUCCACACUUUCAUUCGGCACAAAAGGACCAUGGUUAAGGCGUGUGUCCUGUUCAUCCAGUUCAUUGAAGCCAUCGUGGUGCUGGUCCGGCAGACAUCUCACCUGAGAGUGACCCGGGCUCUCCGGCCCAUAUUCCUGGUGGACUGUCGGUACUGUGGCGCUGUGCGCAGAAACUUGCGGCAGAUAUUCCAGUCCCUUCCUCCUUUUAUUGAUAUUUUGCUGCUGCUUCUGUUCUUCAUGGUGAUCUUUGCCAUUCUCGGUUUUUUUCUGUUCUCAUAUAAUCCAGCUGAUCAAUAUUUUAGAACCUUAGAGAACAGCAUAGUGAGUUUGUUCGUCUUACUCACAACUGCCAAUUUCCCAGACGUCAUGAUGCCAGCGUAUUCACGGAAUCGCUGGUCUUGUGUCUUCUUCAUAGUGUAUCUCUCCAUUGAGCUGUACUUCAUCAUGAACCUGCUCCUGGCCGUGGUCUUUGAUACUUUCAACGGUGUGGAGAAGAUGAAGUUCAAAUCCCUGCUCCUCCACAAGAGGUCUGCCGUAGAGCAUGCCUUUCAGCUGCUCGUGAGUCGACAGAGACCGGACGGAGUGACUCUGAAGCAGUUUGAUGGUCUCAUGCGUCACUACCGCCCCCGGAUGAGUGCCCGGGACCGCUUCCUUACGUACAAGGCUCUUAACCACUCAGGAGUUUCCAUGUUAAGUUUGCAAGACUUUUAUAAGUUCUACGAAGUGAUUGGUCUUAAAUGGAAGGCUCGACGGAGUGGAGAACAUUGGUUUGAUGAACUACCGCACACAGCUUUCCUCAUUUUUAAAGGGAUAAACCUCCUUGUAAAAUCCAAGGCUUUCCAGUAUGCCAUGUACAUUGUUGUUGCUGUUAAUGGGAUAUGGAUAUUAGUUGAGACUACAGUAUUGAACAGUGAUGUGUCAUGGUCCAGAUUUGUCCCUUGGAGCUAUGUGGUCUUCCUUACAAUCUAUGGUGUUGAGGUGAUGUUAAAAAUCACAGGUCUUGGACCACUAGCUUACUUCAGCUCAGGAUGGAACUUGUUUGAUUUCUCCGUGACUGUGUUGGCCUUUCUGGGCUUGAUUGCUCUGGCCUUCAAUAUGGAGCCAUUCUACUUUAUUGUGGUUCUCAGGCCUCUUCAGCUUCUGAGAUUAUUCAAAAUCAAACAGAGGUAUCGCAAUGUGUUGGACACCAUGUUUGAGCUUUUUCCACGUAUGGCCAGUCUCGGCCUCACCCUCAUCAUCUUUUACUACUCCUUCGCUAUUGUUGGGAUGGAGUUUUUUGCCGACGUUGUCUACCCUAACUGCUGCAACACCAGUACUGUAGCUGAUGCCUAUCGCCAGAUCAACGUGACCAUUGGCAACGUGACAGUCCUGCAGGAGGGAUACUAUUAUCUCAACAACUUCAACAAUAUUUUGAGUAGUUUUGUGACGUUGUUUGAGCUGACUGUAGUUAACAACUGGUACAUCACCAUGGAAGGGGUGACCUCUCAAACAACUCACUGGAGUAGACUCUACUUCAUGACUUUCUACAUUGUCACUAUGGUUGUGAUGACCAUUAUCGUGGCCUUUAUACUCGACGCGUUUGUCUUCAGAAUGAACUACAGCCGCAAGAACAAACAGGAAGAAGCUCUCGAGGAUCCAGAAGGUGAGAAGGGGAUCGUGUUUGAGGCGGAGGUGAGCCGGGCAGAGGCGCUGCAGGCACUGGAGUUCUACAAACACUCUCCGGCCAACUCCAGCCUCAGCUCCCUCCACCAAGUGUGUGUGGCCAUGGAGCGCGGAGGGGUACAUUUCUUAACCCGCAGCACACACACACUGACACACAUACAUACAUACAUACACACACACACACACACACACACACACAGCCCUGCCCAACCCAACUAG